AUGAGCAGUGAGGAAUCGUCGUUCACGUCCUUUUCCCUAACACCACCUGUUAACAGUAACUCUUCUACAGCAAAGACGUCGUCCACUACGGCCCAUCACUUGAGAUCCUCUUCUCAAACGAGCUUAACUACUAUUGUAAAAGCUCAAAUUUCCUUUCUAUUAUCUACCCUUUCGGCUGAUAAUUACGCUCGCAACGUAGCUGAGAUUAAUUCUCUUUUAGACCAACACGGUCAGGAUACACAUUUCCAUUUAUUGCGACGACUUUUAAUUGCCAAUCAAAGCAAAAUUUGCAGCAUUCGUACUCGCAACUCGGAUCUUUCCCUGAGCUAUCGUCUUUUAAUCGAGAAAGUCAAAGCAGCCGCGAGCGAUCCAGCAUUAUCUGCAGUUUUUUGCGACGCACUCAAUUCUAUAGAUCACAGUGAUUCAUUUAAGGAUCUUGACCUUAAUAGUUUCUUAGAGCACGUUGGAAUUAAUCCGGUAGAAAAAGUCGGACUUUGCAUUUCUUUGCUGUCGGCUAUUAGAAAGGAAAUUGCUGAACAAGCACGUGAAAUAAUCAGCCAAAAUUUUGUUCCCCUUGUGAAGGCCUUGGGAGACCAAUCGGUCCAAGAAAACCUCUCAAACGAAUUAAGACAACAUUUACUUACUUAUUGUGAAGCAAAGUCUCGAAGUCUCGCAUCACAGCAAAGUGAAAUCGAUUCCAGCCCCAUAAAAUCGCAAUAUAAUUCUCAGCUCACUGUGCCCACUGGUCUUAUUCCCCUCCUAAGUUCAAAUCAAAGUGUUGCUUUUGAUAAUUUUCGUGCCAGCAUGGAACAAAGUGAAUCAUCUCGAUUAUCCUUGGUUAAAGUUAUGUCGGAUUCGGGCUAUAAUUGUUGCUCUUCUGGAGCUGCAUUUCGUAGUGCUUUAAAUAAAUUAGAUGUGGUAUCGACGGAAUCCGGUGAAAUUAUCAAGGAAGAUGAUGUUGCUCAAGCUCUUGGUAUGAUAGCGAAUAGCCAUAUCAGUUCUGAAUAUGGUGCUGCUAAUUGGAAUCAAACACCUGAUCACGAUAAUAGACAAUCUUGGAACAUUGAUGUUUUUGCAACAACUUUAGUAGAAUUGCAACCACACUUGGAUUGGGCUAAAAUAAUAGAAAAACUUGAUUAUCCGGAAUUUGUUGUUAACGAUACAAAAGGUUUAGAAAUUAUCUUGACUGCUUAUAAAAAAGCAACAAAGGAUCGGUCGCAAUUUCCGCUUCAUGCUUUUUGGGGUCGUUGGAAAAAUAUUAAAGGACAAUUUAGCUUUUUGCAUCGAAUUGUGGAUGCACCACUAGAAACAUUUAAUCUUAAUGAUUAUCCAGUACAAAAAGUUUUGUCUUUGGAGGAUUUUGCGAAUUCAAAUGCUAACUUUAAAUCAAUGGCUGGUUUAUUAACGUCAAAUCCUUGGAAUUCUGUGGAACUGAUUGAAACGUUAAUAAAGAUGGCAGAUACAGAAUUGUACGAAGAAAUUAAAUUGUUAUUUGAAAAGUUCACAAAGCAGACACCUGAGGUUGUCUGUUUGGGUCUCGCUCAAGUUCAAAAACCUUGGAACGCAUUACACCAAGAGAUUCUAAACCGAUUGGUUUCAGUAUUCUUAGCAGGUCAUUCAAGUUCAACACCAGUUCUAACACGUCUGUGGCAAGUCAAUAGUGUUCUUUUUACAGAAGGCUGUCUUGAAAUGCAUAAAAAAGAUGCUAUGACUAUUUCUAGGAUACUGGAUAUUGCCCAAGACCUAAAGAUUCUAAAUCAACUUCUGGCUAUACAGCCGUUUUUCUUCUCUAUUGACUUGGCAGCACUUGCUUCACGUCGAGAGUAUCUCAACUUAGAAAAAUGGCUUCAAGACAAUAUUGUAGAGUAUGGUGAUUCAUUCAUUCAUGAUUGUUUGGAAUUUCUGAAUCAAAAGGUCGCUCUAGAAAUAACUCGUGAAACUAAUGGAAGCAUCCAGUCAGUCAGACUUUCUAUUGAUGUGAUUGCCAUAUUUUUACGAAUACUUCAGAAUAGUACUAUGUCUGGAAAAAACACUGAAUCGUUUAAAGAGGUUCAUAGAGCUGCCUUACAAGUGUAUCCACGUCUCACCACUGGGCCAUCCUCUGAAAGCGGUGUGACUGGUGAGACAUUUUCAGCUGACGUUGAAGAAGAGGCAAAUUCAUAUUAUGAACGAGUUUAUCGUCAGGAGAUUGGUAUUGAGGAGAUGAUUAAACUUCUUCAAAAAUUUAAAAAUUCUCAAGAGCACCGAGAGAAUGAGAUUUUUUCUUGCAUGGUGCAUAAUUUAUUUGACGAAUAUCAAUUCUUUCCAAAAUAUCCACAAAGGGAGUUAACAAUUACUAGCGUCAUAUUUGGUUCGCUGAUUCAAUAUCAGCUUGUAGGGUAUAUGGCACUUGGUAUAGCUCUUCGUUAUGUUUUAAAUGCUCUUAGAAAUCCUUCUGAUUCAAAAAUGUUCAACUUUGGAGUUCAAGCCUUGCUACGAUUCCAAUCUCGUCUUCCGGAAUGGCCACAGUAUUGUUCUCAUCUUUUGCAAAUUCCACAAUUACAGCAAUCUCAUCCGGAUAUCAUUCAAUAUGUGAGGUCUGCCCUGGCUGCAAAUGCUAAUUCAACCACUGUCACAACUCCCACAUCUGUUAAUACGCUUGGAAUUGGUAAUGGCGAACAAGCUUCGUCUCAAUCUACUAGCACUAAUGAACUAUUACCAGCGAGUAGACCUGUUCCUGAUACUUCAAAUAAGGUUUUUGAUAAACCUGCAUUUACGGCAUUGAAUUUAGAUACAUUGCUAGCAGCAGAUAAAGAUGAUUACGAGAUUCCCGGUGAGGCCAUUCAAGACAAGAUCCUUUUCAUUAUAAAUAAUGUUGCUCAAAGUAAUUUGGAUACUAAAGUGGCUGAAAUGAAAGAGCUCCUCAAAGAAUCGCAUUAUCGUUGGUUUGCUAAUUAUCUUGUUGUAAAAAGAGCCAGUAUCGAACCAAAUUACCACCAAUUGUAUCUUCAAUUUCUCGAUGCAUUAGAAAUUCCAUUGCUUGUUAAGCACGUAUUACAUGAAAGUUUUGCAAAUAUUAAAAUCUUAUUGAAUUCUGAAAAGACAGUGCAAUCUCCGAGUGAGCGAUCUUUACUGAAAAAUCUUGGAUCAUGGCUCGGUGGCAUGACUCUUGCUCGAAACAAACCAAUUAAACAUAAGAACAUUGCGUUUAAAGAACUUUUGGUUGAAGGUUAUGAUAAUAACAGAUUAAUAGUAGUAAUUCCUUUCGUAUGCAAAGUCCUUGAACAAGCAUGUAAAAGCAAAGUUUUUAAACCCCCGAAUCCAUGGCUUAUGGCUAUACUUAAAUUAUUGGUAGAAUUAUAUCAAUACGCUGAUCUUAAACUUACAUUGAAAUUCGAAAUUGAAGUUUUAUGUAAGAGUUUAGAAAUUGAAUUAAAGGACAUUGAACCCACAACUGUUCUAAAAGAUAGACCUCCAAAAGAGUUGGUUCCUACCCAACCGACUAGAAUUGGAAAUGAGUUUGAUAAAUGGACUAGAAACGAUUAUGGUCAUCCUGUUAAACCUCCACAAUCAUCUCAGCCUCCAUCUAUCCCAAAUACGCCGACGAGUCAUAUUCCUAACACGCCCAUGCCUUUUAAUGUAGAUGAAGGUAUUACAAACCUCGCUCCAUAUAUCACAUUCAACCCUAACCUAUCCGCAUUUGCGAAUCAACCCAUGAUGAGAAAAAUUGUUCAUUUGGCAAUUGAUCGAGCCAUUCGCGAAAUAAUUACACCAGUAGUAGAGCGAUCAGUCACCAUAGCUGGAAUAUCAACUCGCGAACUUAUCAUAAAAGAUUUUGCAUUGGAGCCGAACGAAGAAAAAAUGCGUAAUGCUGCACACUUGAUGGUUCAGAAUUUAGCCGGGAGCCUUGCUCUUGUCACCUGUAAGGAACCAUUGCGAAUAAGCAUGGUGACACAUUUAAGAAAUUUGUUGUUACAGAAUGGUUAUACAGAGCAAAGUAUUUCGGAGCAAGCUAUUUUGAUAGUUGUGUCUGAUAACCUUGAGCUGGCGUGUUCUUUCAUUGAGAAGGCUGCUAUGGAAAAGGCUGUUCCAGAGAUUGAUGAGUCUCUAGCCUCAUCGUUUAGCAAUCGUAAAAAACAUCGGGAGCGAACCGGCCAGCCAUAUUAUGAUAUGACGGUAUAUUCUGGUAUAUCACGUUACAUGAGCAACCUUCCUGAACCUUUAAGGUUAAAGCCUAAUGGGCUACAACCACAACAAUUGCGUGUAUACGAAGACUUUGCGCGAAUUCCACGUCUUAGCAGUCAGGCAGCUGCCAUAUACGAUGAUCGUAAUUCGCGAGUUGGUAUACAUCGAGGGCAGGACUUUCCGAUGGGACAUCUUUAUAACACAGCAGAAAUGCCAUUUGACAGUUCUCAAAUUCACAUUCCUAUCACUGCUCAUCAAAGUUUAGAGAAAUUUGCUUUGGAUAAAUUGAUUAGCAAGAAUCCGCAAGCUUCUUGGCCAUCUCUACCAGUAAAUAGUGAAAUUCGUGUAUUGGUUAAAGAGAUUCCUUUAUUAGCUACACAAUCGUUUAAUCGUGACGAGACAGCAUUACAUUUUUCACAAAAAGUAGUCCAACUCUUAUAUAAGAAUGAUUCUAAUUUAUCGCGUGAAGUUUAUGUUAUGUUACUUGAAAGAUUAUGUGAAACUUCUUAUAAAGUCACAAAAGAAGUGACUAACUGGUUGAUUUAUGCAGAUGACGAGCGAAAGUUUAUUGUACCUGUUGUUGUGGCUUUAAUAAAAGCUGGUCUUAUAAAUGCAAGUGAUCAAGAUACACAGCUUGCCAAACUUAUUGAAAAUGGAAGACCCACUGUGAUCGACUUUACCGCCAAAUUGAUUCGAGAGUGUGUUCUAAAAGAACCACAAUUAGCGUCACGUAAUGAUUUUAUGCAUUCAAUCGAUGCUCUAACAAGACUUACACAACGUGGCAAGGCGCCCGAAAUAGUAAUUCAGUUCCUUGAAGAUCUACGCCCACGCACUGCUCGAGAUGUCUUUACUAAGGAUGUCGAAAAUCCGGGUUUGCGUGAACAAUUAACCUCUUUCUUUGCGGAAUGGGUACGUGUUUAUCAACACCCAACAUCAAAUGAAAAGAUUUACGCUACUUUUAUAAUGCAGUUGCAGCAACAAGGUGUAUUGAAGGGUGAAGAAAUUUCAUCUAUGUUUUUCCGUGUUUGCACUGAGAUGAGUGUUGAGCAUUAUUUGAAACAAAAGGCAACCUCACAUGCGACUCCUGCUGUUGCGUAUCAGGCAAUUGAUGCUUUUUCAAAGUUGAUUGUUCUAUUGGUGAAGUAUCACUCUGAUCCUGAUGGUGUCAACAAUAAUGUUGCUAAAAUCAACUAUUUGACGAAGAUUUUGUCAAUCAUUGUAUUGGUGCUUGCGCAAGCACAUGAGCAACGAAGACAACAGUUCAAUCAAAAACCUUUCUUUAGAUUAUUUUCUAGUUUAUUAAAUGAUUUGAAUGCUUAUGAGCAACAACUCCAACCUAUUUAUUUUCAAAUACUUACUGCAUUAAGCAAUAAUACAUUCCAUACAUUGCAACCAUUUUUCUUCCCUGGAUUUACCUUUGCAUGGCUUUCAUUAAUUUCUCACCGUCUUUUUAUGCCCAAACUUUUGCUCGCAGAAAAUCAAAAGGGGACACUCAGAGUUCUACUAGUGCUUUUGCACGAUUUUCCAGAGUUCCUUUGUGACUAUCAUUUUAGCUUUUGUGAUGUGAUUCCAUCAUCUUGUAUUCAGUUAAGGAACCUUAUUUUGAGCGCUUUUCCUCGUAAUAUGAGACUUCCCGAUCCCUUCACGCCAAAUCUCAAAGUAGAUUUACUACCAGAAAUAUCUCAGUCACCACGUGUUCUUUCCGAUUAUACAUCUGCUUUACUUGCCAAUAAUCUUAAAAAUGACAUUGACACUUAUUUGAAAACACGCUCGCCUAUUUCUUUUCCUAUGGAUUUACGCAACAAAUUGAUGAUUGAUACAAUCAAUCAACCUGAGUUAACAUCGACCGGUUCUAAAUACAAUGUUUCAAUCAUAAAUUCACUUGUUUUGUAUGUCGGAAUUCAAGCGAUUGGUCAACUUCAUAAUAAAUCAGCUCAAGGAACACCACCAGUGACACAUAGUGCACCUAUGGAUAUAUUCCAACAAUUGUUGAAUGAUCUAGAUUCUGAAGGUCGAUACCUCUUUUUGAGUGCUAUCGCCAAUCAACUUAGAUAUCCCAACAGUCAUACACAUUAUUUUAGUUGUAUUUUGCUCUAUCUUUUUGCUGAAGGUAGUCAAGAGGUGAUUAAGGAACAAGUUACAAGGGUGCUUUUGGAAAGAUUAAUUGUAAACCGACCUCAUCCAUGGGGCCUUUUAAUCACAUUUAUUGAAUUAAUUAAGAAUCCUCGAUAUAAUUUCUGGAGUCAUUCAUUCACAAGAUGUGCAACAGAUAUAGAACGUCUAUUUGAUAGUGUUAGCCGAACUUCAAUUUCGGGGCAAGCCCCUACAUCUCGACCAACUACACCGACCACCCACUAUGAACCUGGUAGUUGGCAAUAUCAAGUUACAGAAAACUUGAUAAAAGGUCGAGGUUACGGCGCGAGAACUUCAGGUACCACGACACCUACAAGACCUCCAAUAUUAAGAUUAGAAGAGCCGAGAACACAAAAAGUUCCUGUACAAACAGAAAAUAUUAAAAAAACUGGUAAAGGCACAGGACCCAUAAAUAAUGUAGAUUCAGAAAAUAAUAGAAAAUCACAGGGCUCAUCAGGUUUUGAUAACAUUCAACAAGCAUCAGCACAAGAGCCAAUAGAGGAUUCAGAAAAAGUAAAUACACAACCUUCAACAUCAUUAGCAGCAGGAUCUGAAAUACCUAAUGGUGAAGAUAGCGAAAAACAAUCGGAAAGUAGGAGCAAAAGUACACGACGAGUUGAUUUUAAACCAGGCAGAUACAAAAUAUCAACACGGCCAAUUAGGCCGUACCGACCAGAAGUAGUAGUGUUAUGUCCUCGUGGAUCAAUAUUAUUUAUGUUUGGAUUUUUAUUUCCACCAUUAUGGUGGUUUGGAUCAUUUUUUCCUAGAUAUGUUAGCAAUAAUGCAGAUUAUCGAUGGAAAAAAUAUAAUCAACUAAUGUCAUUUGUUUCACUUUUUUUGGUUGCCGGAAUACUUUCGAUUGUUAUUUGGUACUUGAAAUUUUAUGAUAGUAGCGUGGAUACUUAUACCAAUACCGAUUCAUAA